CAGAGAGACGUCUCUACUAAGCACCUGCUGAAUGCCCGGGGCAUCACAUCGAGAGCCUCAGCCCUCCACCCCCAUAGCUGGGCGAUAAUCCCACUGAUAGAAGCUGAGGCUGAGACCCAGUGGAGCCAGAUGCUUGGUGGGACUCACACAGCUGGAGGUGGGGAAGGCCUGGACUCCAUUUCUCCAGUAGGAGCCUUGCUGUGUGACACCCCUCCUUGUAUCUGUUGCCUGCACACACCCCGUCACACUUUACACACCCCCACGAUCUGCUUUGCACAGUGGCCCAUCCUGAGGCCAGGAAGCUGGGAGUAGGCACAGGGAUGGAUGCCUGGGGCCAGGAGUCCUGAGCAGUAGGGCAAGGGCUGGGUACCCCAGGAGAAAGGAUGUUCCUGGGGCACCCUCUACCCCUCUAUCCUCUGGUGACUGGACUUGAUACCAGCCUUCACUGCCCCAGGCCCCGGCACCCCAAUUCUCUGCCACCUCUUCUUCAGGCCCAGCCAAAGGAUGGGGGCCCAGAGUAGCUUCAUCCCUGCCCAAGCCUUCAAGAAGCCUCCAGUCUGGGGCAGACAGAGACAAGCAAGCACACACACUCCCAGCGCUGUGGGGUCAGGGCUGGGCUGGAGGAAGGCAUGGGGUUGGAAGCACCCUGCUGAGCCUGGAAAGGAAAUGUCAGAAGGCUUCCUGGAGGAGGGGCUUUCUGAGUAGGGUUUUGAGGAAUGGAUAGGAGUUCCCCAGCUGAAGAUGAGUAACUGCAAAAACACCCAGUUUAUCAAGCACCUGCUAUGUGCCUGGUCCUGUCCUUUACACCUCAUUUGACCUUCUCUCCAGUGAAAGUCUCAAUCCUUCCUUAUUUUCCAGAUGAAGAAAUAGAGGUGUGAUGGAGAGGAAUGGUUUGCCCCAGGUUGCACUUUCUGGCCGUUUUUUUUUUUCCUCUGCUUCCUUUGUUUUUCACUAUCUUCAGCCUUUGACCCUAAGCAAAGAGGGGAGAGCAGGAAUCUCAUCAGGGAAGAAAGCCACCUCAUCCCUUAAGCUCCUGUUGUGGAGUUUAGCACAUAGUAAUAAAUCUUUUUUGAGAAAAUUAUUCUUCCCUCCAGUCCACCAAGCUGGGAUGAUGUCCCCAUUUCACAGAAGAGGAUACUGAGGCUCAGAGAGGCUCCUGAGGGGGAUUUCCCAGCAUACCGAGGAGCUCCUACCCAUCAGAAAGCACUGCCCCCUGAAAAGCAGCCGAAGACCCCGCCCAGUUGUGGUCCCUGGAGUGUUUACUCUGCACCCACGGUGGGCGGGACCAGGCAGGCGGGGGCGGACAAAGUCCGGGGACUAUAAAGGCUAGUCCAGCAGCGUCCGGUCAGUCCCAGCUUAGAGCUUAACUAACACAGCCAUGCCAGGGCAGAGACCGACACCACCACACUGCUCUCCGAUGCUGCUGAUGCUGUUCAUGUUCUCCUGGCUGCCGUCGCGAGGCGCCCUAUCUCUGGCCCAGGAGCACCUCCCCACUUUCCCGGGACCCUCAAACGUGCACUCCAGUCCUGAUGUCUCCAGAUUCCGGGAGUUGCGGAAACGCUACGAAGAUUUGCUGACCCGGCUUCGAGCGAACCAGACCCGGGAAGACUCGAACCCGGACCUCAUUCCCCUUCCUCAAGUCCUGGUAGUCACUCCAAAGCUGCGACUUGGACCAGGCGGCCACCUGCACCUGCGCAUCCCCCGGGUCGACUUAACUGAGGGGCUCCCGGCAGCCUCCCGCCUGCAUAGGGCCCUUCUCCGGCUGUCCCCGAAGGCGCGGAGCUCGUGGGACGUGACGCGGCCACUACAGCGUCAGCUCAGCCUCGGAAGCUCCCGGGCUCCCGCAAUACGCCUGCGACCGUUGCGGCGACCGGACCAGUUGCUGGAGGCAUUGUCUUCUGCACAGCCCCAGCUUGAGCUGCACUGGCGGACAAGCGCCACCAGGGGGCGACGCCACGCGCAUGCUCGCACCCGGGACGGUUGCCCGCUAGGGGAGGGGCGCUGCUGUCGCCUGCAGAGCCUGCGCGCGUCGCUCGAGGACCUGGGCUGGGCUGACUGGGUGUUGGCGCCGCGCGAGCUGGACGUGCGCAUGUGCACCGGCGCGUGCCCGAGCCACUUCCGAUCGGCUAACACGCACGCGCAGAUGCAAGCGCGCCUGCAUGGCCUGAACCCUGAUGCUGCGCCUGCCCCAUGCUGCGUGCCAGCCAGCUACGAUCCGGUGGUGCUCAUGCACCAAGACAGCGACGGCCGCGUGUCACUCACGCCCUUCGACGACCUCGUGGCGAAGGACUGCCACUGCGUGUGAGCAGCCCUGGUCCUUCACUUAUGGUACAAAUGCAAUGGAAAGGACUUCAGUUGUCCUUGUCUGUCUAAUGGGCUCGUGGAACCUGAAAUACCCGAUUCCUAACCAUUGCAGUCUGCUCCCUCCUGGCCCAAACCUAUGUAUUUAUGUUUGUAUUUAUUAUUAAUUUA